AUGCCGGGACUAAAUAGGUUUCGCGUCGCUGGCCUGGUCGCCGGCAUGAUUAUCACGGGUGCUUGCAAUAGCAUUUGGAGCAAGUAUCAGGACAUGCAGUGCGUCGAGAACUGCGAAGACCCCGACUCGUCCAAGCACGUUCUCUACGAACAGCCCUUCUGGCAAACCUUGCAGAUGUUCGCCGGAGAGAUGCUCUGCUUCCUCCCCGUCCUCGCCAGCAUCCUCCACGCCCGCUUUCAAUCGAGCAAGCAACAUGUUGCCCUGCCAGACGAGGAGGCAGACGAGCCACUACUCGACCAACCAGCGAAACGUCCGGCGGACGUACCGCUCGCAGGCUGGCGCGUGCUGCUGCUUUGGCUUCCAGCAGUAUGCGACCUCACCGGAACAACGCUCAUGAACAUCGGCUUGCUAUACACGCCCGUAUCGAUCUACCAGAUGACGCGCGGUGCACUCGUCCUCUUCGUCGGCACCGGAUCCGUGAUCUUCCUCAGACGCCGAUUAUGGCUCUACCAGUGGAUCUCCCUCGUCACAGUUAUGGCCGGCGUAACGCUCGUAGGAUACAGCGGAUCGCUCGUCAAAGAGACCCUUCAUGAGACGGCUGCAGUUGUGGCACGCGCUCUAGGAUUGGACGCCGAUACCGCGAAUGGAAUGGGCAUGGACUUCUCCGGUGGAGCAUCACUCUUUGGGCCUGGACUGGUCGACAUCAGCUCGAUGAACGUGUCUAUGGCGCUUGACAAGGCGGGCGAGGAGCCCACGGGCAAGCCGGAGGCGACGAAAGUGCUCAUCGGCGUAUUCUUCAUCCUUUUCGCACAGAUCUUCACUGCAACUCAGUUCAUACUGGAAGAGAAGAUCCUGGGACACUACACCGUCGAGCCCCUCGUAGCAGUCGGCUUCGAAGGCUUCUUCGGCGCACUCUCGAUUGUUAUCCUCCUCCCUCUCCUGCCUUUGAUCCAUGUCUCCCCGACCUCACCAGCAUCGGCUUGGCUCGACCUUCCGCGCGGCUGGGCACAACUCAUCAACAACCCCCCAGUCCUCUGGAGCGGUCUCCUCGUCGCAUGCUCCAUCGCAUUCUUCAACUUCUUCGGGCUGAGCGUCACCAAGCAUGUCAGCGCGACCGUACGCAGUCUCACGGAUACGUGCCGUACGCUCGCGAUCUGGGUUGUCAGUCUGGCGAUCGGAUGGGAGGCGCUGUUGUGGCCUACGAGCGUACUGCAAGUCCUCGGAUUUGCGCUGCUCGUGUACGGGACGUUCAUGUUCAAUGGACUGGUCACGCCCCCUUCGUUCCUUCGUCCCUCUGCGGCUUCUGAGGAUUUGCCUGCUGAGAAUCUCGCAACGGCGGACGCGGAGGCCGCAAUCGCGCCCAGAGAGAGCGUGGAGGAGAGCAUGGACCAUACGGCACGGUUGCCGGCGGAUAUCGGGAGGGGGUACGAGGUCGAGCCUGAGGCGGGUGCUGGCGCGGGCGCGGGAAAGAGGAGUAGCGUCGGCAAUCUCGCCGCUGGCGCUUAA